AUGCACCGGCGGCGCGGCGUCGGCGUGAAAGCCGUGAAGAAGAAGGCCCAGGAGAAGGAGAGCUACGCCUCCAAGGCCGCGGAGAUGGAGGCGACGGAGGCGGCGCACGUCGGCGCGUUCCUCGCGACGUUCCGGCGGUCCCUCGAGGCCUUCGCGGCGAAGCACAAGCGCGGCAUCCGCGAGGACCCGGUCUUCCGCCGGCAGUUCACGGCCAUGUGCUACGAGACGGGCGUCGAUCCGCUCCGGUCGUCCAAGGGCUUCUGGGCCGACGCGCUCGGCGUCGGCGACUUCUACUACGAGGUCGGCGUCAAGGUCGUCGAGUGCUGCGCGGCGACGCGGGGCGAGAACGGGGGCCUCAUCGCGCUCGACGACCUCCUCGACCGCGUCGGCGACGACGCGAUCUCGCGCGACGACGUCAAGCGCGCGGUCGCCAAGCUGGCGGCGCUCGGCGACGGCUUCCGCGUCAUCAACGGCGACGCGAUCCUCUCGGCGCCGGCGGAGUUCAGCGACGACGCCGCGCGCGCCGUCGAGGUCGCGGCCGCGCGCGGCGGCGGCGUCGACGCGGCCGCGCUCGCGGCGGGCCUCCGCGGCGGCGACGCGGACGCGCGCGCCGGCGGCGCGCUGCGCGGCCUCGUCGACGGCGGCUUCGCCUGGGUCGACGACCAGGCGCCCGCGCGGGCCUACUACUUC